AUGAAUAUACCGACAACAAUUAGUAAAAUAGGAGGGACAUGUUUUAAUGGAUGUAAAUUAUUGAAGAACAUCAAUAUAAAAAAUAUUCAAUUUAUUAGUGGAAAUAGAAUAUUUUUAAAUGAACCAAUUUUAUUGAGCAUUAGAAUACCAGAAAAUAUAAAAGAGAUUAACAGAAAUGAAAUUAAACAAAGAGAUAUUAAUGAAUUUAUAAUACCAACAACAAUCACUAAAUUAACAGAUGAAUGUUUUAGUGGAUGUACUUCAUUACGCUCAUUUAACAUUCCUACAACAGUAAAUGAAUUAGGAAGUUAUUGUUUUUAUGGAUGUUCAUCAUUAAAAUCAAUUAUUAUUCCAUCAACAGUUAGUAUAAUAGGAGAUGAAUGUUUUAAAGGAUGUUCAUCAUUAACAUCAGUUACUAAAACACUAAAAGAAUCGAAUGAAGAAAAUACAAAAUGUGUUUUAGUGUAA